AUGAGAACCAUACUGACAUUGACAGCUUUUCUUUGCGGCGCAUCUGCGUUUGCACCUACACCGUUGCAGAAUACCGAAAGAUUUGAUACAGCCUGCAAUUCGCUUUCAGUACCAGGAAUGUGGGGUGCUGGUCUGAAUUUUGGAAAAGGAGACUUUGCCUUCUACAAAAGUUUUGAUGCAUUCAUGAAACCAUUCACCCCUGAAGAUCGGGAGGCUUUUCCAGAAAUCUUCAACAUCCCCAAGGGCAUCUACGAAGUCUCGCUUACCAAGCCUCUCGGCAUCAUUUUUGAAGAGAUCGAGAUCGGAAAUGGGGUCUUCGUCCAAGAUUUCGUUGAAGGCGGGCUAGCUGAGCGCCAAGGAAAGAUUCAAAAAGGAGAUAUAUUGGUUGCAAUCACAGCUGUUAAGAUUGUUGGUGCCAAGUAUGAGCGACGACUAAUUCCUGCACGCAAUUUCGAUUUCGACACUGUUGUAGGCGCGAUUGGCUCAAAUGAUCAAAAGUGGAGAUGUAACGACGUCAUCCUCAUGUUUGAACGUCCUGGAGAAGCAGAUCCUAGUGCUGUGAAGACAUUCAUGGAUUUUUUCGAGCCUCCAUUCGAUAAUCCCUGGAAACAACAGCAGUGA